GUCUCGGUCAACAUAUUACUACGUUGUAUCAUUAUCAUGAAACUUAAUAUGUUUACAGCCAGGGCCGUUUUGAUAAUUGAUAUAGUGUAUUCAUUAGCCCUUAAACGUGUUUUGUCACAUUGCAGAAAAGAAUAUAUAUAUAAUAUUGUAAAAAUUAUAAGCCCAUAUAAAUUAUAAUCAAUUCCUAGUUUGAUGAAUUUGAUUUAACAGUAGCGUGAAAUGAGCAUUGUUUAAAAACACAUGUCUCUAAUUUGUAAUAAUAGUAUUAAUUAUACUAUGUAGCAUAUGACUAGGAAGGAAUGUUUGGAACAAGUCAAAGCAGCACCAAGUGUCAUUAGCGCAGUGACUCAACUACUUAGAACCACACAAACACCAAACCCAUUAUGUCCACUGAAAACAAGGGCUUGAUCCACCUUUUUAACUCACUCACCAAACACUUACUUUAGACACGCACAUCAAAAAGCUAUGGACUCAUCAUACACUGAUUUUGUCAUGUUCAACAGUCAAGGACAACACGAUGAGGGCAACAUGUCACGUCUUCCAUGGAAGAGGGUCAGAGACGAAGACGAAGAGCUUGCCAACUGUCUUGUGUUGCUGUCCAAUUCAGGGAAUGCUUACAACAACAACGAGCAUGGACACAUCAAAGAUAAAAACGUGAAAAAACGAAAAACCGGACAUGUUUUCCAAUGCAAAGGUUGCAAGAAAGUGUUUGCGUCGCAUCAGGCAUUGGGUGGACACAGGGCAAGCCACAAGAAAGUGAAAGGUUGUUUUGCCUCUCAAGAUAAAAAAGCGGAGGAGGAAGAAGAGGAAGAAUACGAAGAAGAAGAAGAAGAGGAGGAGGAGGAGGAGGAGGACAAGCCUCACAUCACCACCAGAAAGAGAUCCAACGCUCACGAAUGCACAAUCUGCCAUCGCGUAUUCUCAUCGGGACAAGCGUUAGGAGGUCACAAGAGAUGUCAUUGGUUAACACCUUCCACUAAUUAUCUUCGUAUGAAGCCACUAAAUGAUUCUUCUACUCAUCAUCAUCAUUCUCAGCCGCUAGAUCAACCAUCUCUAGAUCUCAGCUUAGCUUGCGUUGAUCCGACGGUCAUGACUAUCGGGAGAGAUGGUGGUGGCAACAAUCACAAUGCUACUACUUCAUCUAAUUCAUGGCUAAAACUCGCUAGUGGUGACUGGUCUUAAUGACUGAUUGAUUAAUUAAGUUACCGAUUACAUAUUCAUAUACUCGUAUACAAUUAAAGUGCAUUAAUUAAUUUUUUUUAAUGUUGUAUGGAUUUAUAUUAUUAAUCUACACUUUACGCCAUUUACAGUACUAGCUUUCAAGAGUUUUUCCAUGGAUGGAUAGAAAUUUACAGGACAUCUCAAUAAUAUUAGAGCAUCUCUAGUCAUGGAAUAUUUUAAAUGAAGAUUUUAA